AAGCGGGUUGCGGCAGGCAAGGAGGCUGCAGGGCCGCUCCUGGCGAGCCUUUCUCGCCCCCACCCCGGGCUGAAGGCGCCCUCCCUUGCAAGCAGAAAGCUAGCUUGCCAGGGAGACGAAGGGGCCGGCGCUGCGGUAGCGGCAAGCGCAUCUAUGGGGGUGCCGCGGGGGGCGGGAUCCCCUCCAUCAUUCACUUUGGAGUAGAAGCUGCGGCUACCCGGCCCGCUGGAGCGAGCCGGCCAGCCACGAUUUGAAUGGGCUGAGCAGCUAAAGGGGUUGCGGGGUGUCUCCUUCCCAGCCCCGAGAUCAUUAAGCCCACAGCUUACAAUGGCCUGCCGGCUGCCUGUCUAGCCCUUCGCCUCUCCCUGCUGUGGGGCCAUAUGACCCACCAAACUGCGAGCAGCCCUGCUUGUGACAUUAUUCUGAGCUCAGGCAUGUCUCUUCUAUAUGCCACACAUCCAUGCCUGUCGGGAUAACGCUUGGUGCUUCUCGGAGGCUGGGGGGAUGCAAAGUGCGGUUCAUUGGAUACAGAUUAGCCUGCCACUGAGUGGCCCUUUCCAGAGGAGGAGAUGUCUGAAGGCCACUUGGGAAUCAACACCGAAUAUGGUGACUGGGAAUGGAGUGCGGAUGCCGGCGAGAGGGCCCGGCUGCUACAGAGCCCCAAUGUGGAGACGGGGCCCAAGGGCAACGAAGAGUGUGGACCUGCUGCAACCUCAAAGCUGGGAGCUGUCUUCAUUGUUGUGAACGCGGCUCUGGGUGCCGGCCUCCUGAACUUCCCAGCAGCCUUCAGCAUGGCAGGCGGAGUGGCUGCAGGAAUCACGCUGCAGAUGUGCAUGCUGGUUUUCAUCAUUGGUGGCCUGGUCAUCCUGGCCUACUGCUCCCAGGCUAGCAAUGAGCGUACCUACCAGGAGGUAGUGUGGGCCGUGUGUGGCAAAGUCACCGGGAUCCUGUGCGAAGUGGCCAUUGCUGUCUACACCUUUGGCACCUGCAUUGCCUUCCUCAUCAUCAUUGGAGAUCAGCAGGACAAGAUAAUUGCAGCAUUAAUGAAGGACUCCACAGGGGCAGAGAGCGGCCACUGGUACACAGACCGCAAGUUCACCAUCAGCAUCACAGCCUUCUUGCUCAUCCUUCCCCUCUCAGUGCCCAAGGAGAUUGGCUUCCAGAAAUAUGCCAGCUGCUUGAGUGUUGUCGGGACCUGGUAUGUCACAGCCAUCAUAAUCAUCAAAUAUAUUUGGCCUGAUGAGAACAUCCCAGAGGAAAUUACAAUGAGCCCCUCCUCUUGGAUGUCUGUCUUCAAUGCCAUGCCCACCAUUUGCUUUGGCUUCCAGUGCCAUGUCAGUAGCGUGCCCGUUUUCCACAGCAUGAAGCAACCAGAGGUGAAGCCAUGGGGGGCCGUUGUGACAGCAGCCAUGGUCAUUGCUCUUUUUGUCUACACGGGCACAGGAGUCUGUGGAUACUUGACGUUUGGGUCCAGUGUGGAGCCGGAUGUGCUCAUGUCCUACCCCUCCAACGACAUCCCAGUCGCCAUUGCCCGGGUUUCCAUCAUCGUCUGCGUUCUCACUUCCUACCCAAUCCUACAUUUCUGUGGCCGGGCUGUCCUGGAAGGCCUCUGGCUGCGCUACAAGGGGGAGGCGGUUGAAGAAGAUGUCGUGCGGGAGAGGAGGCGGCGCCUCUUGCAGACGGUCAGCUGGUUCCUCCUCACCCUCCUCCUGGCCUUGUUCAUUCCUGACAUUGGCAAAGUCAUCUCUCUCAUUGGGGGCCUGGCUGCCUGCUUCAUCUUUGUUUUCCCAGGACUCUGCCUCAUCCACACCAAGCUCUCCGAAAUACAAGAGGCCAGACCAGCCGGCUGGUGGGCGAUGGUGAGCUACGGCGUCUUCAUGGUUAUCCUUGGCGCAUUUAUCUUUGGACAGACAACUACCAACGCUAUCUUUAUGGAUCUCAAGAAGUGAUCCCUACAACUGCCCUCGGAGGGUACCUUUCCUCCUCUGGAUUCUUGAAUUCCAAUAUUUGGGGAUGUCUCGUGUCAGCAGGAGGCGGCCGUUCCCUCCACUCUCCCCCAGUGAUUGUGCUACUCCUGUUUUGUUUUGCUGGGAGCCUCUUCCGAGACUUUGAUUUCCAUUUUCUUUCCCAUUUAAUUCUUGAUAGAUCAGUCAAGUCCCCGCAGGGCCACUUGCUGUGCAUGCAGCUUCAGACUCUGAACACAAACUGAAUUCCUCUUUGCCUUUUGGGACAUCGCUCUCAAAAAGGACUCUCCUUUUGCCCUUGCCUUCCACACACUUGUGUAAGAGGACCCAGGCCAUUCACUACACAACUUCUGCUCUAAAUUUAUGUGCCCUGGGGGGCUCAUCUUUGUAUCAUGACCAGUGAUGUAGCAAAGGUCAUGUGGUUGAUAAUGACAUGACUGCACAGUGUGAACUACAGCUUAAUUACUUUAAGGCAGCCUUCUCCAGCCUGGUGACUGGUUUGGAUGACAACUCCCAUUAGCCCCAGCUAGUACGGCCGUAUGAUGUCUGGACUGACCGGAGUUUCCCUCUGAAACAUUUGGUAGGCACCCUGUUGGUAAAGGCUGGCCUGUGGACUUGGUGCUUAUUGUGGAAGUUAUUUGUUUUUAUAUUGUUGCUAUCCUUUUACUUUUUAUAUUUGAAAAUGAAAACUGAGGGAAAAGAUCCUUGAGUUUUAGAUACACAUACAUUGGAAAAGGGAAUAUUUGACUACAUUUGAGGGCAUUUCCUUGGCAUCAAAUUCACACAGGUCCUUCCUUCCUGUCACCUGACUACUUCCUUCCCCUCCUUUCUGGUGAGAUUCACCAGAUUCAGAUGCCACAUGAACAAACUCUAUUCCUUUGCUGGGCGGUGUCUCUGCUCCAUCCAAUCAUGUUUUAACCCACAGUAUUCAUUUGGUUCUCAGUUGUCAGAGACCUAUUUCCUUUUAUGUUUUCAUUUGAUUCAGUUGAUGCCAGAUUCUGGGGCUGUAUCACAGGUUUGCCAUGUGUGGGGAACCUGUAGCCGCCCCCCAGAUGCUCUCAUCGGCCUGUGCAACCAGCCAGGCCCAAGUGUCAGGGAUGAUGAUGGGAGCUCUGUUAGUACAGCAACAUCUCAGGGCCACACCUUCUGUUGCAGGAUCCCAUUCGUAUCUGUUGGUUCCAAUGUGGCAUUUUGUAGCAUGUUCUGAUGUUUACAAAGCAGAUUUUUAGCCCUUUAGAUGGGGCUAAAGUCCAGGCUCUCUCUCAAUGUCAAUUAUACACUAAUUUUGAAGAUUUUUUUGUGGGGGAGGAGGUACAACACACCCUCCCAGCCCCCAUUUCAAAUCUUGUAUGCCAGGGUGGGUGGUGGUGGUGAAGUUUGGGUUUUAAUGGGACAAUGUCACCAUGGAAAUAAGAAUUAAAAAGGAAAAUUCCAACUUCUGGGUUGCUUGUGCUUUGAUUCCUGUCCAUUAAUGCAGAUCCAGUUCUAGGUGGCUUCAUAGCUUGGUUCUCCUGCAGCGGGACAGAGAAGCCCAAAACUCCCUUACCCACCUUCACCUUCUUCUUUGCAGGAACCAUCUCUUUGCCAAACUGCCAGCUAUUGAGCAACCCCUCCCAGCUUCUCUUUCGCUCAUUGAGUGAUGCAGCAUAGUUGGAGCAAAAUAGUUUUGUCCCUCUCCAAGAUCUGGAAAGAGGAGACAGAGAGAAGACAGCUUCUAGUGGCAGCUCUAGGGAAACUGGUGUGGGCCAUCCAUGCAGGGUAACAUUGCCUUUCAGGUUCUGUUUAUCUAAUCUUUAUGUAACACAUUGCAUUUGAUUAAUGUUUCCAUAACAUAUUCCUAUACGUAACCAGACCCUUUGCUGCAGGCCCUUUAAUUUCAUAUCUGUUUUUAUGUUCCGCCUUUCUGCAUAGAACUCUGUGGGUCAUGAUCUCAAGAACCACUGUUUAGAAAGUCAGUACAAAGAAAAAUAAAACCAGUCAAAGUCACCAGCAGAAAUGCUACUAAAAUGCGAGAGCUGGAGCAGGCCUCUCAGGCUCCGCAGCCAGGUGCCCUCCAGAUGUUUUGGAUCGCAAGUCCUCAGCCAGUGUCAACUACAGUGGUGUAGACAUAAGCUGACUCGGGAAAUUUUCUCUUCUUGCAUCCUAGAUUUUAAGUUGUUCCUGGUGAUUUCUUAUCAAUGUCUAGAUUGGGGAUACCAUUGAGCUGCCACGCCCCAGAUAAAUAAACAUUAUUAUGUAUAUGA